AAAUAAAAACAAGGAGGUGCAGGGGAUGACAAUGGACAUGGGAACAGAGUAGCACACCCCGGGAUUUGCUAGAUAUUUAACGGGAUAAAACAGAGCGAGUUCGUUGAGUAAACGACCACGGUUGAAAGAGCCACCACCGUCUCUUCCGCGCUCCGCCGGAACAAAAGAAAAAUCUGGCAGUUUCCAGUCGAAUUUCCGUCUUUAAAAUCCCUCCCCACGGCGUUUCUCUCACACAAUUCAAUUCAUUAUGAUCACUGAAUCAAUGCUUCUCAAUCCAUCCGCCCAUUUUUCAUCCUGGGACUCCCUCGACGAUCCCACCGCCGCCGCAAUCUCCUCCUAUCUCACUGCCGGUCACGUGUCGCCGCUCGAUUCGCCCACGAGAGCGGUCAUGGAGUUCGAUUCGUCAUUCUGGGAGGAACAGGAACUGCCGGCGGCGGUGGACGCGUUCACCUGCGACGAUUUUCGUAUGUACGAGUUCAAAGUUCGCUCGUGCGCACGUGGGAGGUCCCACGAUUGGACUAAAUGUCCGUACGCUCACGUCGGCGAGAAGGCUCGCCGCCGUGAUCCGAGGAAGUUCAACUAUUCUGGUACUGAAUGCCCUGCUUUACGCCAUGGGUGUUGUAAGAAAGGGGACGCCUGUGAGUUCGCUCAUGGUACAUUCGAAAUUUGGCUCCACCCAGACCGGUACCGGACUCAGCCGUGCCGUGACGGAAUCGCCUGCCGGCGGCGAGUCUGUUUCUUCGCCCAUACGUUGGAGCAACUCCGGAUUCCGGCGAAACAGAGCCUCAUGUCUCCACGGGCGGCUAAGGAAAUCGCCUCUGCUGUAACAUCGCCGACGUCGAUCCUAAUCUCGCCGGAUUCGCCUCCAAUGUCUCCGAUCAGCCCUGUAACCACCGGCGGCGAAUCGUUCAGCAGAUUAGUCCCACUGAUGCACAAUCUCCAGCUUGACAAAUCAAAGAAAAACCCAGCCGUCUCCGGCUUCGAUUCAAGCCCCCGGCGGAACUCCGGCGGGUUCGAUCUGUGGGACAGAACUUUCGAAGAAGAACCGGCAAUGGAGAGAGUGGAAUCUGGAAGAAACCUCCGUGCCCAAAUGUACGCCAAAUUAAUGAGAGAGAAUUCGGUGGACAGAAUCCGGCCACUGAUAUCGGCCGGAUCUCAAAGCUAAUUUCAGAAUGAAGAAGAAGCCGCCGCCGCCGUCGCCAUGGAUUCCAAUUCUUACAUUAUCCAGUUUUCUGUGAAACGAAUCGUUUUGUUGUUUCUUUUAUGCUAAUUUCUGUAAAUGGGUUUGAUGUUAAUACGUGGAGAAAGUGAAUGAUUCCAUAAUUUUCCCUAUUUGUAAAGAAACUCAAAGGGAAUCAAUAAAUUUGUUUUAAUUCACAAU